AUGCCUCCAUCCAAGACUCAGCACAAAAAGGUUGGAAAAGAGAAGGUGCUGGAUGGUGAGAAAAAGGCAAACUCCCCACGGGAUGCAGAGAUCCACUGCAGGAGGCGGCGGGAAGCUAAGAGUAGAGGCCAGCAGAAGGGCAACGAAUCAUUGCCUGAAGAAGAUGACACCUUUGAAGAAAACCCUUCUAAAAGCCAGAAGCUGGUGAGGCUUCAGGGAAGCAAAGAAAAUGGCCACAAAAAGUUGUUUCAGGGAAGAAGAGCUUACAAGAGAACUGAUAAAAGAGAGCCUGGUUCAGGGAGCAAAUGUGGACAGCAGUUAGCGCCCAAGCUGGAGGGGCAGAAAGGAGAGGCCUGCAAGCAGCAGGCUGUGCCAACAGGCCAAGAGAGUGAGGACUGUAGUGAUGAGGAGGAAAAAGCCCCCCCAAAGAGCAAGGGUCAGAGGCUCAAAAGGAGUGCAGAGGAAAGCCUCCUGGAAACCUCGGGUAACUCGGACUCCAGCAACAAAGGCCAUCGGACCCACAAAAAAGGCGCAAAAGAGACUGUAGUGGACAGCACAGCAAGCAGUGAAGAGAAGAGCAGUUCUUCAGAGGAAGAUGGGGUCACUGACACAAAAGCCAUGCCCAAAGAUUCUCCAGUGGCUGAGAAGAAAGGCAGCAAGGAACUGCUUGAGGAAACCAAUGAAUCUGUUGAAGCUGAAAUGGAGCAGGUGACCACAGAGGGAAAGAAUGAACCUCAGGAUGAAGGCACUGACUUUGCAGGGUUAAAGGCAGAGGAGAAAAUGAAGAAUCAAGAUGCUAAGCCAAGACAAUUGAAAUCUAUUCUAAGAGAGAGCAGUGAGGAAGAGGAUGAUGUAAGCAUUGCUGGAACCCAAAGCAAAAAAGUUAAGAAUGAAGUAGGCAAGGGAAAUACAUUAGAAAAGAAUAAAGUUCAAGACGUGUCCAAAGAUGCACAUGAUAGUCCUGGCAGCAGUGGGGAGGGCAGCACCAAAGGGAGCAUUGACAGAGGAAAAGAAAACGCAACAAAACCACCACUGCCUACUGCUGUGAAAGCAAAACUCCACCUUGGCCUGAGCAAAGGACUUCAAGGAACUGAACAGGAAGAGAAGGGGAAUGAUGAAGGCAAGGCUCUAGAAGGUAGCCUUUUGCUUGCCAAGCAGAGGAUGACAUUGAAAGACAGAGCUGGGAAGUGUGAAACUGCAGAACAAGAUAACGCAGUAGGACAGAGCCAGGGGGACAGUUUGUCAGACUUCAGGAAGCGGGAGCUGGCAGCAAUGAUGCUUGCAAAGAAAUGCUCUUCUCAGUCCCAAAUCCUUCUCAGUCUGAAAAACAAACACAAAAAUGUUGAGACCAAACUAUUAACAAGCUGUAAACCAAAUCCUGUCCAGAUGGCUUUGGAAACCAACUCUGACCUGAAAAAUGUUGAAAGCAUCUGUUCAAAACCCGUGACUCUAGAAACUCUCAGCACACAGAAAGAACCCAACAUAGCUGGGGAUUUUGGAGGGAAAAGAUUCAGUCUUUCAAACAUUUCAAGCUGCUCCACUACUACCACCAAAAAAUCUUCUGAUAAGCAGGUCCUUGGCAAGAAGAAGAACGUUGGAGGAGUCGAACUGAGUUCAGGCCAUACUUUAGAGGCAGGAAAAGUGGCUGCAGAGGCACCUUCAGAAAAAGCCGACGUGCAUGACGGGAGAGGAGCCAAGAACUUGCACGCCCGUUCUGCUUUCAGAAAAGUCACCAGCUGGCUUGGGCAAAAGCCUGCCAAGAAUGGGAGCCUGAAAGCUCGUCUGCUGAGCGUGGCACGUGCGAUUGGCAUUUCAAAAUGGAUCUUGAAGAGAUUUGGGAAGAGGAAGAGGCGCAGCAAACCUUUCCGAUUCAGAAUCACCAUUGAGAACCUAAGCAAAUGGGCCGUCUACAAGGAGCCACAUUUGGCCAGCAGCCACCUGAUGAAGGUCUGCAAGGAUCAGUGGGAGGCAGAAGACAUCACAGACAAUACACUGGAGAUGGAAUUCAGGCAGAAACAGACUUACAUUGGGCAAAUCUUGAUUUCUGUGAAUCCUUUCAAAGACCUCAGUAUCUACUCUGAAGAUGUGGCUACCAAGUACCACCAAGGGACUCUCUCAAGAAAUGCCCCACACAUCUUUGCCAUAGCAGAAAUGGCCUACAGGUUAUCCCAGUCCUCAGAGCAAGAGCAGUGUGUCUUCCUUACCUCUUCUGCCUGCAGCGGACGCAGUGGAUCGGGUAAAACAGAAGCUGCCAAAGCAAUUGUGCAAUACCUGACCAUGCUGUACCAGAGAUCAGACAGCCACAGGACCAGGCAGCCCUGCAGUGUCUUACCCAUCCUGGAGAGUUUUGGGAAUGCCAGAACCAUCCUCAACGACAAUUCAAGCCGGUUUGGAAAGCUUCUGAAUGUCCACCUGCAACAUGGCGUUGUGGUGGGAACAUCCAUCUCCCAGUACCUGCUGGAGAAGUCUCGUGUGGUAUUUCAGGCCCGUGGUGAGAGGAACUUCCAUGUGUUCUAUGAGCUGCUGGCUGGGCUGCCCGUGGAGCAGAAAGAGGAGUUGUACCUGCAAGAGGCAGAGUCUUACUUUUACCUGAAUCAGGGCAGAGCCUGUGACAUCCUGGGGAAGGAGGACAGUCAGGACUUUCUGGUUUUGGUGCAGGCUCUGGAGGGAAUCAACCUCUCUGAUGAUCAGCUGACCUCCACCUGGGCUGUCCUGGCUGCCAUUCUGCAGCUGGGGAAUAUCUGCUUCACCUCCUACGAGAAGGAAUCCUAUGAACACGCAGCCAUCGCCAGUGAUGCUGAGAUUCAGAUCGUGGCCAAUUUGCUGCGCGUCUCAGCAGACUUCCUGCAGAGUGCUGUCACUCACCGUGUCACUGUGACAUCUUAUGAUCGGAUCUUCACCCCUCUGUCUGUAGAAGGAGCCAUCGAUGCCAGGGAUUCCAUUGCCAAGACUCUCUAUUACCUGCUCUUUGAGUGGCUGCUGCUGCAAAUCAACGAGUGGUUGGCUCCUGGGGAAUCAGAUUGUGCCCUGGGCAUUGUGGACAUCCAUGGAAAGGAGACAGCAGUUGUACCACUUCAUGAUCUAGGUGUGAACAGCUUAGAGCAACUUUGCAUCAACUUUGCCAACGAGCACCUCCAGCAGUUUUUCAGCCAGACUGUCAUUGCCCAGGAAGAGGAGGAAUACAGCCAAGAGCAGCUAGCAUGGAUUCCUGUUUCCAAGAUGUACAGUGAGUCAUGCCUAGAUUUCAUUGCUGCAAAGCCCCAUGGCAUCUUGUGCAUCUUGGAUGACCAGACUUCACUGACUCAGGCCACUGACCACACUUUCCUCCAGAAGUGUCACUACCAUCAUGAAAACAGCCCUUGGUACACCAAGCCCAAGCUGCCUUUGCCAGUCUUCACGGUGAAGCACUAUGCAGGCCCUGUCACCUACCAGGUCCACAAGUUUCUUAACAAAAACCGUGACCAGCUGCGUCCAGAGGUGCUGGAUAUCUUCUCUCAGAGCCGCCUCAAGGUGGUGUCUCACAUUUUCCAGAAGGCUAAAGCUGCCUAUAGUCAGCAAAGGGAGCUGGGGGGCAGAGGCAAAGGGCUCAAGCCUCAGGCUUCCACACUGGUGUCCAAAUUCCAGCAGUCUCUGCAAGACCUCACGGCCAGGCUGAGAAGGAGCCAUGCCUUCUUCAUUUGGUGCAUCACCCCUAAUCCCCAAAAGCUGUCAAAUCUCUUUGAUGUGGAGCAUGUCGCUUGUCAGCUGCGGCAUUCCGGGAUCCUGGAGGCUAUCCACAUUCGCAAGGAGGGAUACCCAGUCCGUCUUCCAUUCCACAGCUUCCUAGCCAGGUAUGGCCUCUUGGCUGGGCGAAGGCACAACUGCUUGGAGGAGAGAGAAGGCUGCUUGGCAGUGCUGUCUCAUGUGGUGGGAAACCCCUCAGAGCUCUAUCAGAUUGGAGUGACAAAGGUUUUUCUGAAGGAGAAGGCCAGGCAGCUCCUGGAGAGGCGAUGGAACCAGAGGCUGGCUUGGGCCAUAGUUACUCUGCAAAGGAAUUUCCGAUGCCUCCUGCGCCGCAGACGCCUCCGUGUCCUGCAGGAGAAGGUCACAGUCAUCCAGGCUCACUUCCGAGGUUACCAGGCAAGGAAGCGUUACAGGAGGCUGAAGAAGGCCUUGGUGCAAUUUAAUACCAUGAUUUUAAUCUCCAGAUCUUUGAUUCAAAGGAGGAAGCACUGCCAGCUACCUCAGCUUGCUGAAGUCCUUGGCCCUUGGAUGGCAGCUGGGCUGAUAGCUGAGCAGGAGUUAGAGGAAAGGAAAAGGAGGAGAUUCCUGGAGAGUGGUGACACGGAGAACAGUCCCAGCCAAGGAAUGGAUGUGGAGCUGCUGGAGAUCCCUGCAGAGUUUGCUGCCCUCCUGCAGUUAGCCGAAGGUUGGUACCAGGCACAGGCCAACCAGAUAACAGAGGCAUUGCCUCCAGAAGUCAGGGUCAAAGAUGACCUUUCCCUCCCACCCAACAUCAACAGCUAUCCUUUCUCCUCCUUCAUUAAGUCACACUUCCAGAAGACGGAUUUCCCUGCCCCUGGCCAGCCUCUGCAGCACCCCUUGACCCAGCUGGAUGCUGAAUACCAGGAGAGUGCACUUGAGGUCAACAAACUGAUUCUGCGGUUCAUUGGUGACAAGAACCUCCAGGGCUGGCAGGAGGUCCUCCUGGGCAACUACAUUGCUGCGAGAGGCUUGAACAGUGCGGCUCUACGCAAUGAAAUCUUCAGUCAGGUGGUUGCCCAGGCGUGGAAAAACCCAGACAUGGAGCACAGCCAGCGAGCCUGGGUCCUGAUGGCAACCUUGCUGAGCUGCUUCCCCCCUUCACCAGCACUGGAGAAGCCAUUGCUGAAGUUUGUGUCAGACCACGGCAUGGAAGGCUACAGUGCUGUUUGCCAGCACAAGAUCCUGACAGCAGCACAGCACAGAGAGACAGACUCUGCCUUGUCUCGAGCCUACCCUCCCACCCAGCUGGAGUGGACUGCAAACCAGAGGAGAGGGAGGAUGGUGCUGGAUGUUCAUACUUUUAAUGAGGAGAAGUUCUCAGCUGAGGUGGAGUCCUGGAUGACUGGGGAGCAAUAUGCAGGCUGGAUCCUGAGUGCAAGGGGCUGUGAUAAGAAGUCUCGGGGGUGGUCUAUCUCCAUGUUUACUGGCAACACAUGGCAGGACUUGCUGGGCUGUGACUUUGUGCUGGACCUCAUUGGCGAGAUGGAGGAUGUCAGCAACCUCAUCAGUUCCUCUCAGUCCUCACCUGAGUACCCCAUCACACCUGAGAGGGACAGAAGCUUCCAUGACCUCGAUUCGAUCCCUCCUGCUCCAGGCAUCCAGGCCCCUGCCUUCCCCCCACCCAGCCUGCCUCCAGAAUUCAACAGUCUCCAUCCAGACUCAAGGUUUGGAGACGACCUGAGAACCUCUGUAGGCCUGGAUCACUAUGUGGAUGAUCUCUUCAACACUGUGCUGCAUCAAGGAUCCAGAGUCCCAAUAACUUCUUCCUUGAUGCAGGACAUGGAGAACAGAGAGGUUCUGACUGGACGCAUGAAAGGAGGUGGGAAGAUUGGACCCCCCCAGAGAGGAAUCUUUCCAUCUACAGGCUUCUCUGGAGCGACCCAAGCACCAGUUUACCAGCCCAUGCCUUCAAUGCUGGGCAUGCCAGCAGCCAUGCCUAUGAUGCCAGCAGCUGGUGGGAUUGCACCUAUGCCAGCUGUGAUUCCAGCUGUAGAUCCUGCUCAGUUAGCAGCACAACAGCAAGCCUUCAUCAACCAGCAAGCCAUGCUCAUGGCCCAGCAGAUGACCCUUCAAGCCAUGACCCUUUCUCAACAACAGCAGCAGCAGCAACAGCAGCGGUGGCAAAAGUCUCUUGAGAACUCAAGGCCAAGAGUUUAUGAGUACACAGAAGACCAGUCCUCCAGCAGUGAAGAUGAUGAACAUCUUCCAACAACUUUCCAGGAGAAGAGGGAAUAUUUUCAGAAGAAGGGAGAGCAAAAGAUCCGAGUGAAGAAAAUCAGGCCUGCUUCCAAAGCCUGGACCCCUCCAGCAAAUCCCCAGCCAGAGCAGGAGGAGGAGAAGAAGAAAAAAGAGCAGGAGACAAGGAAAGAAGAGAAGCCUAGACCUAAACCAGAAGCAGCUCCUGCUCCUGCUUUGCUGCCUCCUGAGCCCAAGCCAAAAAAACAGACUCCAAAACCGAAGAGGGAGCCGCCCGUGGUGAAGCCUUCAGGCCCCGAGCUGCGGCCUGAACCCAGCCGGGAGAUCCGCAACAUCAUCAAGAUGUACCAGAGCAGGCCAGCCCCCGAGCCCCAGCCCAUCAUCCCUGCCAGAGUGUCCAAGCCGUUUAUAAAGAAGAAUGACCCCAAAAAUGAGGCUCUGGCCAAGCUGGGAAUGAUGAACCUCCCACCUCCUAAAUCACCAUCCCCCCUGCCAGAGGAAAAGAAAAUCCCUCCACCUACCAAACCCAAGCCAAGCUCAACUUCUAGCUCCAUCAAGGAGAAGCAGUUGCCACUCCUGAGCAUCUUCAGCCAGCCAAUUACUCCACCUGCUGCUCCUCCUCUUCCCCCACCAUUGCCUUCACCUCUCUCAGAGCUUGGGAACCAAGACUGGGAGGAUGCCACAGGGAAGGACUUUACUGUAACAAUGACAGAAGACGAUGACAUCAAGACCCAGCUGUAUAAACUUGCUACCAGUGUCAGCUUUUCCUAUGCCAACCCUGCCUGGAAGCUCUUCCUGCGCAAAGAGGUUUUUUAUCCCAAAGAAAAUUUCAGCCACCCUUAUUGUCUGAACUUGCUGUGUGAACAGAUCAUGCGUGACACCUUCUCCGACUCCUGCUUUCGGAUCUCCAGGGAGGAGAAGCGCAAGAUGAAAGAUCUCCUGAUGGAGCUGAGGGUUGGCAGCAGUGCCCAGUCCAUUCUGGAGGAUGGGAUAAAGAAGAGGAUCGUGCUGGCAGCUCGGGAUAACUGGGCCAACUAUUUCUCCCGCCUGUUCCCAGUUCAUGGUGAGAAUGGAAGCGACGUGCAGAUCCUGGGUGUUUCUCACCGGGGCAUGCGGCUGCUGAAGGUGGUGAAGGCAGCUGGCUAUAAGCCUGAGCACCUGAAGAUUCUCCGCAGCUACAGCUUUGCAGAUGUGCUGUCAGUGGAACUGAAGGGCAGCAGUGUCUUGGAGUUCUCUCUGAAGACAGAGCAGCUCUCCCUGCGCUCUCCAAAGGCUCCGCGCAUCAAGGCCAUGGUGGAACUCUUCAUCCAGGAGCUGAGGCAGGACACCAACUACGUGGUUGCUCUGCGCAGCUACAUCUCGGAUGACAAGAGCCUUCUUAGCUUCAAGAAGGGUGACCUCAUUGAGUUACUGCCCAUGCAAGGCAUGGAGCCAGGCUGGCAGUUUGGCUCCACUGGUGGCCGCUGUGGCAUUUUCCCCACCAGCCUGGUGCAGCUGGCUGCAGCCCCUGACUACCUCAGCAUCAGCAUGGACAGGCGUGGAAGGCGGUGGAAGGGCAUGAAAGUUUCCUCAGAGAGCAGGAACACCAGCAGGGAGAGUCCUACUCCCAGCCUGACAUCAGAACCCAACAGCAUUAUGUUAGUCCCUGCUGGGGAUAAUUAUACCAUGGUGGACUUCGCCACAGCCUACUUCCGAGAUGCUCAGUCCACGCAGAGGCUGAAGGCAAUGUCUGCUGAAAAGAAGAGUGUGGCUGACCUGGUCCAGCACACCAAGGUCCCAAUCCAGGAGUCUUUGCUCCAGUACUCUGAUAGUGACCUCAAUGAGCUUGCCACAAAGAACUUCAAGACCCUGAUGCAGUUCAUGGGAGAUCAACCAAAACUCAAGAACCAGAAGGAGGCUGAAUGCAUCUAUGAGAUCCUUCAGCUGUGCAAGGAGAAGGAGAGUUUGCAUGAUGAAAUCUACUGCCAGGUCAUCAAACAGGUCUCCCACAACCCUAACCAGGAGAGCGUGCUGCGUGGUUGGCUGCUCCUAAACCUGCUAACUGGGUACUACCUCCCUUCCAACAUCCUGAUGCCCUAUGCCACCAAGUUUCUGCAGCUAGCCAGCAGUGAUCCAUCUAGCACCCAUCAUGACAUAGCCAAGAUCUGUCAGAGCAACCUGCGCAAGAACUUCAUGUUCGGGGGCCGCCGGCACCUUCCCUUCCCCGUGGAGCUAGAGGCACUGCUGAAGGGGCGCAGUGCCCGCCGGCUGACGGUGCUGAUGCCUGGAGGUGUGGAGUACAUCACCAAGAUCCAGACCUUCACUGUGGCCAAGGAGCUCUUGCAGGAGAUCUGUGAGAAGAUGGGGGCAGGGGAACAAGAAGAGAUACAGGAAUUCGUUCUUAUUGCCAGCAGGAGUAACGGCAACAACCUUGGCAGAGCUACAAGGCCAAUCAGACCAGAGGAAUACCUUCAUGACUACCUGCUGGAGGACAAGUUGGUCACCGUGACUUUACGCAGGCUCCUCUGGAGGACACCUCUGCACUUUGAGAACCAAAUUUAUACUGAUAUCCAUUAUGGCCAGAUCCUGAGGGAUUACCUGGAUGGGAGGAUACUGCUGGGCCGAGGCAAAGAGAUGGAGAUGGAGUGGAAGGAAGCGCUGAACGAGUACACACCAAAGAGCCUGCACCCCUCCCUCAGACUCCAGGCUCUGGAGAGCCAUGUGGGCACCCUGCUGAGAACCAGGCAGCCCCUCCAGCCCAAGGAAGCAAAAAUCCAGUUCAUAGAGCAGGUGAUGAAGCUGCCUUUCUUUGGCUACAACACCUACUUGGUAGAGCGAGUCAGCAAUGACACCAUCUCUGUGCCCUGCUUCUUUGGUGUGAACAAAGAGGAGAUCAUUGCAGUGGAUAGCACCACCCAGGAGGUCUCCUGCAUCAUUCCCCUGAAGGAGCUGCAGCAGAUGCGAAUCCUGAGGCCUGUCUCUGAGGGAGGCCUUCCUGGCAUAGAACUGGACUAUGGCUCAGCUGACAGCCCCAAGGCUAUGUGGCUUGAACUGUCACAGGCUAAAGAACUGUACCACACCAUCACUGCCAUCCUGGAUAGAACAGUGUUGCACCCAUAGAGCCUAAGAGGAGAAUGGUGAAACCCAGCAGCACUGUUUUGCUAUCUUUGAGCUUGUUCAGUGCUCCCUACCCUGUCUUCUGGAGAGGACUCUUCCAAAAGACAUCCGUGACCUCAGACAGCUGCUUUCCCAGACUGCCACCACAGUGUUUGUUGAUGGACUGGACUACAACCUCACCCCUCAAGUACUCUUCCUCACAGCAGUGCAGGCAGUGGCUACACAAAGCACCAGACCUCCUUUUCCCCACAUCCCUGCUUCUUCAUAGCCUCUUCCAGCAGAGCAG